AUGGAGAGGUUUUUCCAAUCAUCUUUCACUAUCUUCUUCUUCUUCUUCUUCAUAAUCUUCUCCUCUUCUGAUAUUCUUCAAGUCCAUGCAGCCAGGCUUCUACCAAUAAUCAAUGAAAAUGGAGGCAAUUCUAGCAGUGAAACAAAGGUUUACAUCGUUCACGUAGCAGAGCCAAACAACACAAAGUUCCUCCACUUCACUGACAAAGAGAACUGGUACAAAUCCUUCUUGCCAAACACCAGCCUCGACUCCGGCGAUCCACGGUUACUCUACUCUUAUCACCAUGUGAUCACUGGCUUCGCCGCAAAACUAACCGAUGGCGAACUCAAAGCAGUUAAAUCCAGGGACGGCUUUGUGUAUGCUCAAGAAGACCAAACUCACAUCCUCCACACCACCAACACGCCAACAUACUUAAAACUCCACCAGGACUGGGACUAUGACCUCUGGGCCAGCUCCUCCUACGGCGCUGGCAAGAUUAUCGGAGUCAUCGACAGCGGCAUUGACCCCGAUCACCCUUCAUUCAAAGACGACAACAUGCCGCAGCCGCCGCAGGCUCCGGUUUGGAACGGGCAAUGCUACUGGGCGAACAAGUGCAACCGAAAACUUAUCGGCAUUAGAGCUUUGCGGUACGGUUGGGCGCCAGACCCGUACGACCGCAACGGGCAUGGGACUCAUGUGGCAAGUACAGCAGCUGGGAACUUUGUGGAUGAUGCCAAUGUGCUCGGUGAGGCCAAUGGUAGAGCUUCCGGAAUGGCUCCUCUGGCUCACUUAUCCAUUUACAAGGUAUUGUAUAAUAACAAUGGGAAAACGGUUGGACAGAGUGCUGAUAUACUUGCAGGAAUAGAUUGGGCCAUUCGUGAUGGUGUUCAUAUCCUUCAAAUGUCACUUGGAGCUGUGAGUUUGCAGAUGUUUCAUAACCCUGUGGCCAUAGGUUCUUUUGCAGCUAUGAGACAAGGCAUUGUUCCUUGUGCUGCAGCAGGGAAUGAUGGUCCUAGUCCUAACAUAAUAGCCAACGAUGCACCAUGGAUUUUCACAAUUGGAGCAGCCUCCACUGACAGGAGAAUCUUAACUACUGUUAAUCUUGGAGAUGGGACUCAGUUGGAAGGAGAAGGUGGUUACCAGCCUGACAACUUUCCUUCGGAUCAGUUGGAUCUUGUGUACCCGGGUGCAGAUGACACUGGCACUCCAAAACAAAAGGAGAAUAGAUUAGUGUGCAAUGUUAAUCUCAAGACUUACAACGUGGCUGGAAAGCUGGUUGUUUGCUGGAAUGCAAUUUAUGACCCUGUUGAAACUGGAAAGAAGGUGAAGAAAGCUGGUGGAGCAGGCAUGAUACUAGUCAACACAUGGCCGGCCGGCAACACCACCUCACCUGAGCCACACGUACUUCCGGUGGCCAACGUUGGCUUUGACGCCGGUCAAAAGAUUGUGACUUAUAUAACAAACUCCACUGCAAACCCAACAGCAUCAAUCAGUUUGGACGGCACACAGCUCGGUGUCAGGCCAUCACCGGCCGUCGCAAGCUUCUCAUGCAGAGGUCCAAGCAAGAUGAACUACGGUAUCAUAAAGCCGGAUAUUAUUGCCCCCGGAGUAAACAUCCUCGCUGCAUGGCCACAGAGAGUAGGGCCAAGUCCCACCGGUUCUUACUCUAAAUUCAAGUUCCUCAGUGGCACAUCCAUGGCCACACCUCAUGUUUCUGGCAUUGUUGCACUCCUCAUGAACCUUUACCCAAGCUGGUCACCUGCUCGGAUUAAAUCAGCUCUCAUGACCACAGCUUAUGCACUCAACACCAAUGGAGAACCCAUCAAAGAUGAGUACAGUGGAAAUGCCAGUGUUUAUGCUAUGGGUUCAGGACAUGUGGAUCCAUUGGCAGCUGUUAAUCCAGGUCUGGUUUAUGAUCUUCAGUACUAUAACUAUGUGCAUUAUCUUUGUGGCACUGGGAUGGCAGACUAUCAACUAUCAGCCAUAAUCCGGACUACAGCUAGUUGUUCUCAGAUCAAUGGGAUUCCAGUGGAGCAGCUGAACUACCCUUCUUUCUCAGUGAAGUUGGGAGCAGGGAACCCUGUGACUGUGACUAGGAUAGUGACUAAUGUAGGAGACGCUAAUUCUGCUUAUCAGGUUGAGUUUGAUGAACCGGAAGGGGUGAACAUUGCUGUUAAUCCAACCACACUUCAGUUCAGUCAGAAAGAAGAGAGGUUGACGUUUGAGGUCAAGUUCACUGUUGAUGGAGUGCCACCUGCAGCAGGGAUGACAAGAGAAGGCCAGCUUUCUUGGGUUUCCCCUACAAAUUUGGUCAGGAGCCCUAUUGUUGUAACUUUUACCUGA